CUCACCACCGGGUCUGCUCUCUCCACAGGUGUGGUACAUGGAUGGCUAUCACAACAACCGCUUCGUACGCGAGUACAAGUCCAUGGUUGACUUCAUGAACACGGACAAUUUCACCUCCCACCGUCUCCCUCACCCCUGGUCGGGCACGGGGCAGGUGGUCUACAACGGGUCCAUCUACUUCAACAAGUUCCAGAGCCACAUCAUCAUCAGGUUCGACCUGAAGACAGAGACCAUCCUCAAGACCCGCAGCCUGGACUAUGCUGGUUACAACAACAUGUACCACUACGCCUGGGGCGGCCACUCGGACAUCGACCUCAUGGUGGACGAGAGCGGGCUGUGGGCUGUGUACGCCACCAACCAGAACGCCGGCAACAUCGUGGUCAGCAGGCUGGACCCUGUGUCCCUGCAGACCCUGCAGACCUGGAACACGAGCUACCCCAAGCGCAGCGCGGGGGAGGCCUUCAUCAUCUGCGGCACGCUGUACGUCACCAACGGCUACUCGGGGGGCACCAAGGUCCACUACGCCUACCAGACCAACGCCUCAACCUACGAGUACAUCGACAUCCCCUUCCAGAACAAAUACUCCCACAUCUCCAUGCUGGACUACAACCCCAAGGACCGGGCCCUGUACGCCUGGAACAAUGGCCACCAGAUCCUCUACAACGUGACCCUCUUCCACGUCAUCCGCUCCGACGAGUUGUAGCUCCCUCCGCCUGGAAGCCAAGGGCCCACGUCCUCACCAGAGGAAACUCCUGUGAAACCGCUGCCAAAAAGAUACCAAUGAUACUAACAAUACCAAUUUUGAAAAAUCAUCAGCAGUGCGGAUUCUGACGUCGAGGGAUGGCAUUACCUCUGUGUUUCUCCCUUUCCAGCCGGCGGGCCACAGACAUCGGAAGAAACUCCCGUAUUUGCAGCUGGAACUGCAGCCCACGGCGCCCCGGUUUUCCUCCCCGCCUUGUCCCUCUCUGGUCACACAACAUGCUAAAGAGGCAAGGCAAUGACUGUUGGCCAGUUCUCACCGGGGAACAACCCACUGUUAGGAUGGCAUGAACAUUUCCUUAGAUCGUGGUCAGCUCCGAGGGAUGUGGCCUCUGGGCUCUUGGGGAGCCCCGGGCCGCACCCGGCCGUAGGCUAGUGUAACUCGCAUCCCAUCGCAGUGCUGUUUCUUGACACUGUGUGCUGUCUCUUAGAUUAACUGUGCUGAGACUCCACGUAGCUCCUGGACCCGUGUCUAGUACAUACUGAAGCGAUGGUCAGAGUAUGUAGAGUGAAGUUGCUGUGCCCACGUUGUUUGAACUCGCGUACCCCGUAGAUAUAUUGUGCAGCGUUCUUCUGUUAUUCCCUUGAGGUGGUAACUUCGUGUGUUCAGUUUAUGCAAUGAUUGUUGUAGAUGCAAUGCCGUAGUUUGGAUUAAUAAGUGGAUGGUUUUUGUUUCUAAAAAGAAAAAAAAAUUCAGUGUUCACCCUUAUAGAGACAUAGUCAAGUUCAUGUUGAUAAUAAUCAAAGGAAUUACUCUCUCUUCUUGUUAAAUUAGCUAAAUCAUGUAACCGCAGAUAGGAAGGGCUCACCUAGGGAACCUUUGGUUUCCGAUGGGACGGUAAAGUCAUACGGGCAACAGUGUGCGGAAAGUACAUUUUUUAAGUAAAAAACAAAGGAAAACUUUGUACUAUCCAGUUAUCUAAGGAACAAUAAAAACAUUAGGAGAUCUU